AUGAAGGUGUAUUCCAUAUAUAUUCUUAAUAAAGCAGGGGGAUUAAUUUAUCAGAAAGAUUUUAAUCAUGGACUUAACAAGUUGUCAGCGAAUGACUAUUUAGUCCUUGCUGGUACUUUGCAUGGCGUUCAUGCUAUCGCUUCUAAGCUUAAACCAAUAAUAGAUGGUACGCAAGAUGAUGCGAGGACAGCGCCUAAUCAAAAUGUAAAACUCUACACUACGGGGAGAGCACAAAAUCCAAAUACCAAUUUGUCAGGACUACAAAGCAUAGAAACCGAUUUAUUCAACCUAUACGUCUUCCAAACUUUGACCGGAGUAAAGUUCAUAAUUAUCACAUCUCCUAAUCCUGUUGUGCAUAAUUUGCAACCCAUCAAUGAAACUAAAUUUAAUAGAGGCGAACUAAACAAACAACUUGAGGCUACCAAUAUUAUAUUUAAGCAGUUGUAUAUUCAUUAUUCUGAUUAUGUUAUGAAAGAUCCUUUUUAUUCAUUAGAGAUGCCCAUAAAGAGUCCGUUAUUUGAUACUAAAGUUGCGGAAUUGGUGUCCUGA